CUAAGCUUAGCUAGGCUACGAUAACAACACGGAAGUUCACCAACUACGUCAUUUCCGGUCACUUGAAGCCCUUGUAUCCGGUUUUCUGAAAGACAAAAACCGGCGAGACUGACUUAUCCCGAGAAGUCACACCGAACCAUGAAUUACGCUCGAUUUCUGACAGCUGUCAGUGCAGCUAGAAAGCCCUCCCCUAUCAGGAUGCUGACUGAGCUGCAGCAGCGGUCACCUCCGUCACUGAUCUCUUUGGCCGGAGGAGCGCCCAACCCCAACACCUUCCCCUUCCAGUCAGCAUCCAUCAAGUUGAAGAACGGACAGGCGCUCACCUUCGACGAGGUGACGAUGAAGAGGGCUCUGCAGUACUCUGCCUCUAACGGAAUACCUGAGCUGCUGACGUGGAUGAAGAACCUGCAGAAGGACCUCCACAAACCGCCGACCCAGAUAGACAUGUGUGUGACGACGGGGAGCCAGGAGGGGCUCUGUAAGGUGUUUGAGAUGCUGGUCAACCCCGGAGACAACGUUCUGCUGGACGCACCCACAUAUUCAGGCACACUGGCAGCGCUCCAGCCACUCGGGUGCAACUUAAUCAACGUCCCCAGCGAUCAGCACGGCAUGAUACCUGCAGCCCUGAAGGAGGUUUUGUCUCAGUGGGACCCCUCAGAGGUCCACAAGCCCGGCAGCACCGCCCCCAAGAUCCUCUACACCAUCCCCAACGGAGGAAACCCCACUGGUGCCUCCAUGACGACGCAGAGGAAGCAGGACGUGUACGAGCUGGCCAGGCAGUACGACAUGCUCAUCAUCGAGGACGACCCGUACUACUUCCUGCAGUUUGACAAGCCGUGGGCUCCCACGUUUCUCUCCAUGGAUGUUGACGGGAGGAUCAUCCGGACCGACUCCUUCUCUAAGAUCCUGUCUUCAGGGCUGAGGAUAGGCUUUGUGACCGCUCCCAAACCGCUGGUAGACAGGGUGGUGCUGCACAUCCAGGCCUCCACAAUGCACACUAGCACCUUCACACAGCUCAUGGUGUCUCAGUUGUUGCACAGUUGGGGCCAAGAGGGUUUCCUCCAACACAUAGACGGGGUGAUUGAGUUUUACAGGAAACAACGCAAUGCCAUGAUCAGCUCUGCAGACAAGUGGCUCACAGAUGUAGCAGAGUGGCACGCCCCAUCUGCAGGGAUGUUCCUGUGGAUCAAGCUAAAGGGCAUAGCUGAUACCCAACAGCUCAUUAUGAAGAAAGCCUUGGAGAAAGAGGUACUGCUGGUUCCCGGGGGCGUCUUCAUGAUCAACAGUAGUGACCCCUGUCCCUACGUCAGAGCGGCCUUUUCUCUUUCCACACCAGAGCAGAUCGAUGAGGCUUUCAGAAGACUCUCCUCUCUCAUCAAAGAGGCUCUGUGAUCAACAAAGAUGUAUUUUUCUCUAGAAGAAGCUCUUUUUUUAACUUAUUGUUGAAGAACUCGAUGUUGAAAUAUAUUAAGUUGGAAUAUAUUUUGAUAUUAUAUCGUCACUAUAGUCAGGAGGAGACACUGUGCUGUACUUUGUGCUGCUUGUUGAAAACUAUUUGAAGUAGUGAGCAAGUUUUACAAACAAAAAAAGGAAAAUAGUUGCCAUAACUUGUCCCAUCAUUGCUCGACAGAGAAGAUCUUUGAUUUCCACUGUGCAAGAAAAUAAAUAACUUUUA